AUGUCUGGAUUUCCGAAAAGCGCCGGUUUUGUGGCUUCUUCAACGUUCCUGACCACCACCUGUCAAUUGGUCAAAGGCAAUCAGCAACGUCUAAGAGCGACUUGCAAGCACAGCGCAGUUGGAGAGACUACCUGGGCUGUACUGCCUGAGCCCCGUUAUGGCUAUUAUCGCCUCUACGACGAAGAUGGCGCAUUGGCAUCGAAGACGUCUUUUGAUUCGGAAGACUCAUCCUUGGGCCGCAUCGACACGCACUCCAUCGCACCACCACAAACAGUCUCUUCGUUGAGUUUCCAAGUCACGAAGGCCGAGGGCUUUGUGACUCGAACUGUUAAGGUGUACCAAGACAUGGACGGAGAGGUGCUGAUGUCUGAUAAUGAUCACCUGCCCCUUCAAGCCCAGGCUUACCUGGGACAUCUUGAGGAUGAACCUAUAACGAUUGUCUGUAGUCAAGAGAAUUCAAUGACCCCAUUAAGCGCAGUGGACUUAAGCCUCUUAACGCAGAUUAGAGGGGGGGUGGCAUGGAAUCCCAGUGAAACUCAUCAGGCCGACUGACUUCCUUUCAAGGAGGGCGAGGUCAUGUACACGGAUGGCAUCAAAACAUCAGGUUUUAUUCCCGGACUCCCAAAUCCCUAUAGCGGUUACGUUGCGAUGAACUCCGCCGGACGGAAGGGCUCAUCUACUCAGGCCAUCUGAGACGUCCUUAUGAGAGCUGUUGAGGAGCUUAUGACGAUCUCAUCCUUAAACAUAGACAUCUAGGGUGGCAUAAAUGGGUGUUUCUGUAUUUCAAGAUAGUCGAACGUUGAGGAUUAGAAGGAGGAUUGGAAAUUGUCUCGCAACUAAAGUGUUGUCUGCUCUU